ACUCAUUGCAGUGGCAAUAAUAUCUCAAACAAGAAACAACCAAAAACACAAGUUAGAGAGAGAAACAUAAAUUGCUUAAUAAUAAUUUUUGAAAAAUUAAGCUAAGCUAAAUUAUAAUGGCAAGCAAGCAAAAGGAAUUAUACUUCGUGUUCAUGAAUUUUGAUCCUGAGUAUGAGCGUCUUCGAGCUGAUAGGACGAAAAGAGGAGCCUACGAGUUAGAUGUGUAUCUAAGCAGGAAACAUGAUGAACUUCUUGCUCGAACGCUCCAACCUGGUUCAUACAACAAGACUUUGUCUCUGGUUAUUGUUGAUGGUUUCGCAGUUGAAAUCACUGAUGAUCAGGCAAAGUUGCUGAGAUCUGCGACGGGAGUCCGGGUAGUGGAGAAGAAUCAAGAGUUGGCUUGAUUACUCAUUUGUUCAGCUUCAGCCUCAUGAAAAUUUAUCAUCAAUAUAAUUAAUUAGCAUAUAUACCAAUAUUAUUGAGGCCUAGGUAUUAAGAAGUAGGUUUAAUUUGUGAUUACUAUUGUGUAUUUUUGUGUUUUUUUCAUUCCAAAGGGCCUAUUCUUAAGGUAAUAUAUGUCGUAAGUAGGGUAUAUAAAUACUUUAUAUUUAUGUAACGAUGGGUCCAUGGCAUUAUUAUAAAUUACGAUGGCACUCAUGUAAUUUUUUUUUUAUUUUAAUUAAGUGAUUGGUUGAUUUGGAGCUU